AUGGCCGAUCCAUUUAAAAAACCUUUUGCUGUCCCUGCUCCCCGUACAAAAAAGCCAACUACCUCUGUACCAGAAGUAGCUAUUUCUGAACAACAACAAUCACAGCCACAACCUCCUCCACUCAAAUAUGACAAACCUUCGUGGGGUGCUGUCGCGUGUUUUGAUUACUCUUUGGAAGUUUUGAAAGGUGGUGUUAGUAUUGAUAAGAUUCAAGGUCCUCGAAAAGAUGUCAUUACAAUUGGUCGCCUACCUCUAUGUGAUAUAAUUAUGGAACAUCCUUCAUUAUCUAGGUAUCAUGCUGUAAUACAAUUCAACGAAGAAGGUCAAGCUUUCCUAUACGAUUUAGAUAGUUCAUAUGGAUGUCAAUUGAAUAAGAAAAAAAUCCCACCAAGGACAUAUGAACCUUUACAUACUGGUGACCAAAUUCGAUUUGGUGAAAGUACACGACUUUAUAUUUUUGAAACAGAAAAACCUCGUACGGACGAUGAAUUGGAAGAAGAAGAAGAAAUACUAUUACGACAUCGAACACGAGCUGCAGAUGUUGAACAUGUUGUUGAAAGUGAUCAAGAUGAAGGCAUCAAUUGGGGUUUCCAAGAAGAUGCUGUGGAAGAAGAAGAUCAAGAAGAAGUAGAUGAAAAAACUGGUGACAUUCGUCAACCUACAACAGGUGAUGCUCAAUUAUUAUCUCUUGAAUCAGAAAAAAUGGCUAUAGCUGAUGCAAAACGUCGAAGGAAGGACUUGGAAAUCAUGUUUGGGGAUGAUGAUAGUGAGGAAGAACUAUAUGAUAAGACUGAUACAAAGAAAAGAAAAGCAAUCAAAAAGGAAAAAAAGGCAGAAACACACGAAGAUUUAAUCAAACAGCAACAGGAAACUGAAAAACGAAUCAAGAUCAUCCAGGAAAAAUUGGAAAAAAGAAAAUUGGAAGAUGAGGAUGCCAAGGGAAAAAGUCAAGCUGGAAAUGACGAGGAUUUGGAUACAUAUAUGGAUCAACUUAAUAAAACAUCAAAAGAGAAAUCAACAUCCAUAUAUACAUUACAAAAAGAACUGAAACGAUUGGAAAAGGUAAGAUCAUGCUCGUCUGGUUAA